AUGGCCAGGUUCCUCUCUCUAUUCCUUCUUCCCUUGCUCACCCUUCUUCCAUCCUCACAUGCUUCACCCCAGCAGAUGCUAUACACUGGUUCAUCCUCAUUGGUAGAAGACUACAAACAAAGUUUCCUUACCUCACCCAAUGCUGAUUUCUCCUGUGGCUUCUAUGAAGUUGGAGGGAAUGCUUUCUCCUUCUCUAUCUGGUUCACCAACACCAUGGAAAAGACAGUCGUGUGGUCUGCAAACCCCAAGUCCCCGGUGAACGGCCGUGGCUCCAUGGUUUCGCUCAACCAUGGUGGCAACUUGGUCCUCACUGAUGUCAAUGGCACCGUGACAUGGGACAGCAAGACAAGUUCUGGUAGGGGCACAACAGUUGCCCUUCUUGAUACGGGCAACCUUGUCAUCAGAGACUCCAACGGUGCAGUUCUAUGGGAAAGCUUUUCUUCACCAACUGAUACCUUGCUGCCUUUUCAGCAGCUCACCAAAGCAACACGGUUAGUCUCUGGUUACUAUAGCCUGUAUUUCGACAACGACAAUGUGCUGCGCCUCAUGUAUGAUGGACCAGAUAUAUCAAGCAUCUAUUGGCCAAGUGCAGACUACAGUGUGUUCCAAAAUGGGCGAACAAAUUACAAUAGCACAAGGGUUGCGGUCCUCGACGCUGAAGGUUAUUUCCUCUCAAGUGAUGGGCUGAACAUAAAGUCAUCUGAUUGGGGUACUGUAAUCAAGAGAAGGCUUACAGUUGAUUAUGAUGGAAACCUUAGAAUGUACAGCUUGAAUGCAUCUAGUGGGAACUGGAUAAUCUCAUGGGAGGCCAUAGCAAAAAUGUGCGACGUGCAUGGGUUAUGUGGACAAAAUGGGAUAUGCCAGUCCUCGCCCAGAUUUCAUUGCUCAUGUCCACCAGGACAUGAGAUGAUUGAUCCACAUACUUGGAACAAAGGUUGUCGGCCACAAUUCAGCAAAAGCUGCAACAACACAGAAGAGUUUGAGUUCAUCAAGCUCCCUCGAACUGACUUUUAUGGCUUCGAUCUGACCUUCAACCAGUCCGUCUCACUUGAAGAAUGCAGGCAAAUUUGCUUGGAUGCCUGCUCCUGCUCUGCUUUCACAUACAAGAAGGGACCUGGAUUUUGCUAUACUAAAGCUGUUCUCUUCAAUGGGUAUAGCAACCCAAGCUUUCCUGGUGACAACUAUAUAAAACUACCCAAGAAUUUGGGCAUAUCGACAUCCUUAGUCUCCAGAAAGUCUCAUCUCAUGUGCAACCGGAAUAUUCCUGAAAUUAUAGAAGGAUCUGCAAGUAUGUACGGCAUGAACAGUGUCGAUAAAAAUUGGACAACUUAUUAUGUGUUUGCAGCAAUACUGGGAGCCCUAGUACUGCUCUUUACUGGUACAAGUUGGUGGUUUCUUUCCAGCAAGCAAAACAUUCCCAAGUCAAUGGAGGCAGGCUACAGGAUGGUAACAAGCCAAUUCAGGAUGUUCACACACCGCGAGUUAAGGGAAGCAACUGGGAAGUUCAAGGAGGAGAUUGGAAGAGGGGGCUCUGGAAUUGUUUACAGAGGAGUACUUGAAGAUAAGCGAGUAGUGGCAGUGAAGAAGCUAACAAACUUCUCACACAGUGAGGAGGAAUUGUGGGCAGAAAUGAGUAUAAUUGGAAGGAUUAACCACAUGAAUUUAGUAAGGAUGUGGGGGUUUUGUUCUGAGGGUCAACAUAAACUACUAGUGUAUGAGUAUGUGGAGAAUGAAUCACUUGACAGGUAUCUAUUUGGUAAUGUAAGUAGUGAGAGACUAAUUGCAUGGAGCCAACGAUUCAAAAUAGCUUUGGGAACAGCAAGAGGCUUGGCCUAUCUCCAUCAUGAGUGCCUUGAGUGGGUGAUCCACUGUGAUGUAAAACCAGAGAACAUACUACUGACCCGAGAUUUUGAAGCUAAGAUAGCAGACUUUGGACUAGCCAAACUCUCAAAGAGAGGCAGCUCAAGUUUCAAGCUCACACACAUGAGAGGAACAAUGGGGUACAUGGCCCCAGAGUGGGCGUUAAACUUGCCGAUCAACGCAAAAGUUGAUGUCUACAGUUAUGGUGUUGUCCUUCUUGAGAUUUUGACAGGUACUAGGAUAUCAAGUGGGAUAACUGUCGAUGGGAUGGAAAUCGAACUUAGACAGUUUGUGCAGGUCUUGAAGCAAUUUCUGGAGAGUGGAGAUGUGAAGGAUAUAGUUGAUCAUAGACUGCAAGGUCAUUUCAAUCCUGAGCAAGCAAUGGUAAUGUUACAAGUUGCUAUAGCUUGUCUUGAAGAAAGAAAUAGCAGGCCUACAAUGAACGAUAUUGUAAAAGAGCUCUUGGCAUGUGCUGACCAAGAUGAUCACCCGGCCUACUCAUGGUGA